UUUAAGUCCAGUCUGAACUCCAGCGUCUUCCAGAGCCAGUGAGUUCCUGCCCGCGGCAUCUAGCGGCAGGGCAGGGACAGUGACGAGAAACCAAGAUCAAGGGAGCUCGGAGACUUCGGAGCAUGCACCGUCCAUUUCCGGGGCAAGAUAAGAGAUACGGACACGGACAACUUGCGGGCCCGGCAGAAAAGGCGCGGCGACUCAUUCCUCCGACAGACAGCCGCCGUCACUCACCUCGUAUCAGCCGGAGACAAGGUUUCGAGCCAUAAUGGACAAAUAUAUUUCAACAUUUAAUCAGAUCCAAGAUCAGUUCAAACUUCUUGAAGAGAACCCUAUAGAACUGCCGCAAAUCGUGGUCGUUGGAAGCCAGAGCUCUGGAAAGAGCUCCGUGCUCGAGUCGCUGGUGCAGCGGUCCUUCCUGCCUCGCGGAGGUGGCAUCGUGACACGCUGCCCUCUCAUCCUGCAGCUGCACCACUGCCCGAACAACGAUGCGAGGCGCUACGAAAACGGUUGAGUUACAUCACGUGCUUUCGGCACCUUGAACACUGUACUAGGGGUACGCGCCGUUUAGUGUGGGCGCGUAGUGUGGCUGAGCGAUGCGAAUUUGUGCACUU